AAAUUUGCAUUAUUUUUAGUUGAAAUUAACCUUAUUUAAAAUGAAACUUAAACAACAACAACAACAAUAAAUGCAAACAUUGAGCACCGCCAAAAAGGACAACUACAUGCCUUGCGCAAUGAAUCAUGCUUUAGGAUAACUUACCAAGAAGUUGUAACCAGUGUUUGCAAUGAGAUCUUUCAUGGACUUCACAUCACAAGUUGUAAUGGCACUGGCCCUGAGGUUGCUGCUCUUGGUAUAUGGGGAAUGGCAGGACCGUACAAUGGCAGUCAAGUUCACAGAUAUUGAUUAUCAUGUCUUCAGUGAUGCUGCUAAGUUUGUAGAUCAGGGUAUGUCACCAUAUCAACGGGCAACAUACAGAUAUACCCCACUACUAGCUUGGAUGCUGCAGCCAAAUAUCUACAUUUCGUCGUCAUUUGGCAAAAUCGUCUUCAUCUUACUUGAUGUGUUCACAGGGUAUUUAAUAUAUACAGUCCUAAAAAUGAGGGGAGUAAAUGAUAAAACUGCAAACAUUUGUGCAGCCAUUUGGCUACUAAAUCCUCUACCAAUGACAGUCUCUAGUCGAGGAAAUGCAGAAUCAGUCAUGUCAUGUUUGGUGCUUUUAUGCCUCUAUUUUAUAUACAAAGGCCAAGUAAUGUGGACUGCUAUAGUCUACGCAAUAGCUGUGCAUUUUAAGAUAUAUCCUGUUAUUUAUGCGUUGCCGAUAUACCUAUGGCUUGGAAACAGUGAGGGACAUUUACAAGUGAGUGGUUGGAAGGGAAUGUUAAUAUUUGGGCUUCCAAACAAGGGGAGAUGCAAGUUUGUUAUGACUACUGCAACUGUACUGGCAGCUCUUACAUGGAUUUGCUAUCGUCUUUAUGGCUGGGAGUUCAUCGAGCACACAUACCUGUACCACAUCACACGACGAGACAUCAAGCACAACUUCUCCCCGUAUUUUUACGAGCUGUAUCUGCAGACAGCGUUUGGUGAUUCUACCAUGAUUGGCAUCGCAUGCUUUAUACCCCAGGUCAUCCUACUUUUGACUUUCUCUGUGAUUUUCUAUCGAGAACCAGCACUUGUGUUCCUGCUCAAUACAUUCUCCUUUGUGACCUUCAACAAAGUUUGCACAUCACAGUAUUUUCUGUGGUAUCUCUGCCUGCUGCCGCUCAUUCUGCCCAUGUUGACCGGCAUUACAAGGCUGAAAGCUGUUGCCAUGGUAACAUUAUGGUUCGCAGGACAGGGCAUAUGGCUGCUUCCAGCCUACUUGUUAGAGUUUGAAGGAAUGAACACGUUCCUCUACAUCUGGGCAGCCGGGCUGGCGUUCUUCCUCAUAAACUGCUACAUCAUGCACACAAUCAUGGCCUGCUACAGACCUCUUACCCCACCCACUCUGUCCAAACAGUCUACAACACAGUCCUUGAAUUGGACAAAAUGGAAUACAAGAGACUGUGAUUCAAAAACUGAAACUGUUCAGUCAAUAGAUAGUGUAAAAACUGUGACUAGAAAAACAGCUUCUACAGAUUCAAAAUCAAUGAAAAUAAUGCCAAAGAAUAGACAAGUGGUUGAUAAUAUUGAUAGUCCUGGUGUUAAAACUAGAAGUAGGUCAAAACCAAGAUCUGUGAAAUGACUUCUAUUAUUGAAAUAUCCAUGACAAAUAUUUCUGAUAUUCAUUUUAUAUCAUGCAAAGGCAAUAUCUGAGUUUUACAUACAUUUUGAAAUUGUUUUCUAAAACUUGCAAUUACAAAUAGUUCUAUGGAGAACUUAAAAUAAGUUAUAGAUAAGAUUUUCCUGGUAAUUAUAAAUCAUGUUUGAUGCCAACUAAUUAUUUAUUAUAGACACAAGUUAACAUCUACAGGUUAGAUUUUUACAUAACCAAUUAAGUGAGAUGUUUCAAUAAUGAUUGAAUAUUACAUCACACAGUUUAGCUGUUACUUUCAAAUAGUAUUAAUUAGGCAAACUGCAACUUCCUUUAUUUCAAACGUGUUUAGAUAAUCAUUUCAUAAACAUAUAUAAAUAAACUGGGACAGCCUGCAUCAAAUUAGAUAUAUUUAAUAACGAAACAUUAUACAAAAUUAAUAUUAGCUUCAUCCUAAAAACCAAAAUGAAAACCAGUUCUAUAUCUUUAUAGAAAUGUGUUGAUAUCUUCUCUGUUAAAACAUUAUUUUGGCACUGUUUUACAUUCAUCGAAAAAAAGAUAAAUCCCUACAGGUUAUAAUGUCAAGCCUUUAAAAACAUUUUACUUCCCUGCUCGAUCAUCAUUGCCAGAAAUAGUUCCAUAGACUUCAAAUCUUUACCAAGGUGAACACAGGAAAAGCUCUAAAGCCUCCGGGAUUCAUUGAUAGCAAUCAAAUGGGCAGCAAAAUAUAAGCAAACUUAUAUUUUGACAUGCCAGACUAAUAGAAUGUAAAACCCUCUCAAAUUUUAAGAUGAAUCUUUUAUCAAGAGUAAUGUUUAGCUCACCUGAGCACAAGAUGCCAAACCUUACUCACAAUAACUUUAGUUAUGAUCUAGCGUGUGAUUUCAUUUGGAGCCAGUACAGACAAGGUAACUGUUACUUAAGACUGUGUUUCAGUUUGAUAUCUUCAGUUUGGCUAGACGCAUUGUGUUUUAAUUUGGAAUUGUGUAUGUUCUACAGUAGGUAGCUUAGUAGUGCUGUUAUUUUUUGUGCAUGAUGCUAAGAUGCAGAAUUUGCUCUCGAACUAAUUAAAUUCAUGUUAUAUAAUU